GGAGGGAAAUGGAUCGGAUUGCGUGGUCGGCACGAGGCUGGUUAGUAUGAGUGCAACGGGAUAAAAGAGAGAGCAAAAGUAAGAGGGCAAGAGAUAGAGAUGCGGUUAGGGAUGGAAGCGCGCGUGUGUAGGUGGAAAAGAGGAGACGAGAGGAGCGCCAAGAAGGCUUACGUCGGAGAGAGAGAAGGAUACGUGAGAGAGAGUGAGAAAGUUUCGAGCAUUCUAAAAGAGAAAUUCCAUCAAUGUUAAAUAAAAUACUAGACCGUGAUGUCCAUUUAACAAGAAGUGUUGUUAAAUGUGUAGAAGCCUUGCCACUAAUGAAAAAGUUAAGAAAGCAUUACAAAAUGUUAGAGAUAUCUUGCCACGCAGUACCCUGGAUAACAUCGAUACUUGCAUUUAUUUGGAUUCUUAAUAAUAAAAAUUUGUAUCAAAUGCAAGUCAAUUUGUUAAUGGCUUUAAUACUGGACAUUAUCAUUAUUGCUAUAUUGAAAGCAUAUAUAAGAAGAAGAAGACCAGCAGUUAACGAUGAUCCUUUUUCACUAGGACCUGAUAAGUAUUCAUUCCCAUCGGGUCAUGCUUCUCGGUCGGUACUUAUCUUUUAUUUCUUUAAAUAUCUAUGGCCUGUGUCUGAUAUUUGUCUCCUAUCGAUAUUAAUAUGGAUCUUCGCUGUAAUUCUGUCUAGACUUUUAAUGAGAAGGCAUUAUAUUCUUGAUAUUUCUGCAGGGAUUUUUCUAGGUUAUAUUGAAGGAAUGCUUGUAAGCAUUUUAUAUUUAGAAUCUGAAACUUGCUCCAAUUUAAUAUAUUGGAUAACUGAUGAGAAACUAGAUGGUGCAGAAUAUGAUAUAUAAAAUUGAUUCACUUUUUUAAUAUAAUAUUAAGCAUUGAUAGAAGAUUAUGUCAAUCGUUGUUAUCUUUUAUAAUAUUUAUGUUAUGCGUUUGAUUAAUCAUUUGCAACAAAGAAAGACAUUGAAAUACAUUAUAUUUUUUUAUAUUCAUUUCUAAAUUAGAUAAGUUGAUAUUGAAAAUACUAAAGCAAAGGUAAUUAUCAGAUAGAGUGCUAUUUUUGUUAUAGUAUCAUUAUUAUCAAGACUGUUUAUGUAAGCACUGUUAAUUACUUUUAUGAGAUAGGAUAUGAAAUGGUUUUUAAUUAUAUAAUGAUACAUGCUUUAAAUUAUGAAUUUAUGGAAGAAAUUUAUACCAAAUAAUGCAAUCAUAUUUAUAUACUUUUAUUUUCUUAUCACAUAAUAUAUUUUUAUCGACAACAAUUUCAGAUUCCACCUUGUCCUAGCAAUAUCGUAGAUUUUUACGAAUUUCAUAAUAGAAAAUACAAAGGUUGUAGAGCAUAAUCAAUAAAUAUAUUUUGUAAUAAACGUCUUUGUUCCAAUAAAUGUUGAACUUGACGAGAUUGAAAAGGAAUAAUAAAAGAUUCCUUUAGAGUUGAGUAUGUAAUGUAAAAAAAAGGGGAAUGAUAAGUUUAUUGUACAAAUCACGUAUCGUUACAUUUGUAAUAUAUGAAAAAUGGUCUUGUACCAUUUUCAUCUACGUAUAAAAUUACAAGCCAGCCUAUAUGUAUGUAUAUAUGCAAUCUACACGUUAUGAACGUCAGUCGUGUACUACGAUAUUAAUCUGGUUUCCUACAAUAACUUACUAACAAUUUCAAUAUUAUCAUCGUUUCAGUCAAUUGAAACAUAUCGAUUAGAUAUUCAUUUUCAGCAUAGGUAUUCUGUUAUACUGGUAUUCGAGUUUAAAUUAAAAACGUAUAAAGAUUUCCAAUGUUUUUUCAAUAUAAUGCUAAACCUAAUUAGAGCUCGAAGAAGUGCGAGAAAUCAUCAACAUUUGGAUUUUAUUUUUUUGGAGAUAUAACUUUUAUAAUUUCUCCUCAUGUCUCAAGUUAUUAGCCAUAGUAAACUAAAUAUUAAAAAGUU